AAAAGCAACCAGAACAAAGAAAAAAUAAUACUGAAGAUUGUCGUUCUGUUCAUGGUCAAAAGAAAGGCGGGUAUAUAAUGGUCAGUAGUUGUCCAGUCACGUGGACAGACGACCACAUAAAGCAAAAGUGCGAGGACGAGGCUAGCCUCGACACCAUGCUGACAAUGCUUCCAGUGACUGAUGGGAUUGAUUUUCGAAUAUACAAAAACAUUUUCUGUGCAUUAUGCAACAAAGCUCGAAAGAUGGCUUAUUGGAACAUUACCGUUCAAGGGAAUCAAGGUAUUAACAGAUCCCUUCCAUUUCACGAGAACUUCCCGAAAAUUAACGAUUGGAAUGCGACGGAGCCCGACAGUCUCCAAGAUAAAGUUCGAUUCUGCAUCCCCAAAUUCUCCGGGUGUAGGAAAGACAAUUCAUUGGCUGGUUUACUGCGCAUGAAUAAAGAGGAGUUGGAACGUGUCUGUAACUCGUAUGCGUUUCCACUGUGCGUCAAAGUGCCUCCGAAUAGCCUUCCCUCAAAGGUAUUCAAACUAAGAAAUCUUCAUUGUCUAUUGUGCGCGUUAGAURACCAUAGCGUGAGAGACCAGCUGAGGAGUACAGAUUCCAUUUGUAAUGGUUAUGGUAUCUCUACUACUCUUCCUUCGCAGACAGUUGUUUUCAAUUUUAAAUCAAGUUUCUCGAGUUGCAAACAAGACAAGAUUUUUGAUCCCUUUACAGGCAAGUGCUCCGAUGUUAGGGCAAAUCAUAAUGAACAAACURAAAAAAACAAAACCCAGAAAUCAAAUGAAACGUUAACUAGCAAUUGUAUUCCAACUAAUUUSUCCUUAAUUCUCGGAAGCCGAAUGAUAAUCGUAAAUGGUUCGGUUCGUCCCAACAUGUAUAUCGCAGUAAUCAAUAAUUCUUCUUACCUCUGUUGGAAUGAGACUGACAAACUUCGUUGCAUACCUGAAAAAUAUCCAUAUGUCAAAGAAGACAAGCAAACUUUAAUCGUACAUACACUUACUGCCUCUCAGAUACUCAUUAAGGUAAUUGAUAAUACGUCGUACAUCUGUCGGAAUAAAACUGSAGCUACAGUAGGCCGAACUGUAYACGGAAAUGGAACKGAAAGAAGCGAUCAGUUUUGGKUACAAGUYGUUACUACAAUCGGAUUUGCAGCUUCCGCCKUCUGCAUAAUCUUYCUUCUCCUGACUUAUUCACUAUUUUCCGAGCUGAGAACCACGCCUGGAAAGAGCGUCAUGAGCCUGACAUGCGCACURUUAGUAUACAUGKCUUGUUACAUACCGAUGACGUCAACCUCGUACCCAAUCCUCUGCGUGGUGAACGCGAUCGUCCUUCAUUUUAGUCUUCUGUCAAUGUUCUUUUGGUUCAAUGUUUUGGCGUAUGACAUGACGAAACGUUUUGGUAGUGGUAAUAAAAGUAAGUACAAAAUGGCCAUCUUCCCUUAUGACUUCAUGGUUGUUUUGGUAGUAUAUGUUUCUUAUUGUUUCUGGAAAGUCAUUCUUAAUUCCAUGAUCAACGGCUCGGCGAGGAACACGUUCAUCAAGUACAGCGCAUACUCCUGGGGAACGCCGCUGACAAUGGUUUCAGUUUGUGUCGCACUUGAUUUCACAAGCACUUUCAAGUUUGGUUACGGUAAAGGAAAACUCUGCUAUAUAUCAACGAAGUUUGGAGUCGUUGGAGCUGUUGUCGUUCCUAUUACCAUAAUGAUAUGCAUAAAUUUUGUGGCUUUGAUCAGGACUAUCAUUGGGAUCCAGGCUCUUGCAAAGGAACUCUGGGAGUGCACUUCAAGUAAAGACUUUUGCGGUGGCAAUCGAACUACCACUACAUGCAGUCACUACAAAGAAGUAAAGAAAUUCCUGAAACUUCCUCCUCAUUUUGCUAGAGUAGAAAGCCGGAGAUCUUGCAAAAUGAAAUGCGGGUUAAGCUCCUUAAGAAAGAAGAAAACUAUAGAGUGCUUUUGCGAUAAUUUGUGUGAGAAUUUUAAUGAUUGCUGCGUCGACUACAGGCUUUGKUGUCGACAAAAGACAAUACAAACCAAUGCUGACUGUCGUUCUGUUCAUGGUUCACUGAACGGACGUGGAUACAUUAUGGUCAGCGGUUGCCCRGUCACGUGGUCAGACAGAUACACCAAGCAAAUGUGCGAGGACRAGGCUAGCCUCGAMACCAUGCUGACAAUGCUUCCWGUGACUGAUGGGAUUSAUYUUCGAAUAUACAAAAACAUUUUCUGUGCAUUAUGCAACAAUGGUAAACAACUUGAAUAUUGGAAGAUUGUAAUUCAGAAUCCGUUGUUUUACAACAAAUCAGACCCAUUUCACAAGAAUCUGGUGAAUGUUUUCGAUUGGGCAGCGAGAGAGUCCGAUAACCUCAAACAUGAACGUCGAUUCUGCAUUCCCAAGUUCCACGGAUGCAGGAAAAACAACUCAACGGCUGGUUUACUGCGCAUGAGCGAGGCGGACCUGCAGYGGGUAUGCAACUCGUACGCGUUUUCAGUGUGCCCCAAACCGUUCUCAAAAAUUCGAAAUCUUCACUGCAUGCUAUGCACAGGGGAAUACUACAACAUAACAUGGUUGAUCAAAGACAAUUGUAAAGCUCCAUGCCGUACUUGCACGCUCCCGCGUCCGAAACCUUUAGUUCUUGUUUUCAAACCAAAUGAUUUUCGUUGUAAAGAAGACGAAAUUUUSGAUCCUUUUACGGGAAAGUGCUUGGAUUUGAAGUCCAUUAUAAGACAAUGCACUCCAACUAAAUUCUCAAAAGCUCUCGGAAAACAUAUGACAAUCAAAAAUGGUUCGGCUCGACCAAACAUGUAUCUUGCAAUAGUCGAUAACACUUCGCAUGUCUGCUGGAACAAGACUAAGACGAUCCGAUUCUGCAUCGAACUUGAAAACGAUCCGUAUAUCAAUAGAUUAAAACAUGUCAUAAAGCUAAAUAUACGUAUUUUUGAGAAACGUAUCGAGACAAUCAACAACAGAAAUUUCAUUUGUAAAGGUCCAAUUAUGACUAAACUUCAGCCGCUAACAUUAGUUUUUGAGUUCAAAUCAAUUAAUCCACAUUACAAGCAAGGUAAAAAUAUUAAUCCUACAGGCAAGUGCUUGGAUUGUACAYCGAAUCAAGGCCUAAAACAGAAUGAGAAUGGAAUUCUUACUACAAKUGGAUUUGCAGCUUCCGCCGUCUGCAUAAUAUUUCUUCUCGUGACYUAUKCACUAUUUUCCGAGCUGAGAACCACGCCUGGAAAGAGCGUCAUGAGCCUGACAUGCGCACUAUUAGUAUACAUGGCUUGUUACAUACCGAUGACGUCAACCUCGUACCCAAUCCUCUGCACUGCCAACGCGAUCGCCCUUCAUUUUAGUCUUCUCUCAAUGUUCUUUUGGUUCAAUGUUUUGGCGUAUGACAUGUCGAAACGUUUCGGUAAUGGGAGUAAAGGUAUUCCUUACUCCAACAAAGGUCCAACUACCAACACAUUGUUUAUCAAGUACAGCGCAUACUCCUGGGGAUUGCCGCUGACAUUGGUAACAAUUUGUGUAGCACUUGAUUUUACGGAGACUGUCAAGUUUGGAUAUGGUAAAGGUCGAUUCUGCUACAUAUCAACGAAGAGUGGUGUCGUUGGAGCUGUUGUCGUUCCUGUCAGUAUAAUAAUAUGUGUGAAUACUGUGGCUUUCAUCAAGACUAUCAUUGGAAUCAAGUCUCUUACGAAGGACUCUUCUCGUCUUCAAGAWUCUCAGACGAAAAAACGACGACAGAUGAAAGAAGCCUUGCUGUAUCUAAAGCUAGCGAAUCUGUUUGGUGUGACUUGGAUCUUGAUGAUCGUUUAUGCUUUUACUUCAAAUGUAAUUGUUCAAUACCUGGCCGUCAUUCUCAACUCAUCGCAAGGGAUUUUCAUAUUUCUUGGAUUUUGCUUCAACAAACGCAUAUUCAGCCUUUAUAAGAACAAGUUCAAGUACCGCAAAAAGGACAAUGAUAUUCGUUUGGGCAGGCUUCUCCAUGACAAGGGUAGGAAGCCGAAAGAUGACAGCGCAAACCCGCUCUCAGGCAGAAGAACACCCGAAGGAGAUAAGAAGAUUUGAAGACAAGGCAAAGCGCCCACCGAUGUCGAUAAAUUGGACUUUCAAAAUCAAUUUAACUAAGAAAGUAAGCUAAAAAAUACGUUUUAAGUGCCCGUCACCUCCAUCCUGGUAGGUCCUAGUAUUGACCGUUUUCAACCAUUCCCAUGAGAUUCAAAAGAUAAAAGACCGGCGGACAUGUUGGAGGAAUGAACAAUAGAUACUACUGAAAAAAUCCUUUGUUGAAGUUCCUGCAAGAUGGCCGUAUAGUGAAAACUUUAACAAAUUGCGCAUGUUUUUUAGUUGUAUGUCCCCUUAUCGACACACCAUUGACGUCAUAAAAUGUUCAAAACUCAAGUGAUACUCUAAUCAGCCAAUCAGCGCGCGAAAAUUUACAAAAGUGUGGUAAAAAGCAAUAUUGAAGUUGCCAGCGCCCACCAUCUUGAAGUGUA